ACGUUACAGCUAACCGACCCAUUGCUACACUUCAUUAAUUUUGCGAUAAAAACGUUGUAGUAUAUGAAUAAUGCAGUGAAUUUGAAGAAAAUUGCUGCUAAAAUAUAAUUAUUUUUAUAACAAAGCCUUUUAUAAUUGUAUAAUUUUUAUAAUAGUAAACGUAUAAAAUAUCUUGUACCUUUUUAUUAAUUUCCGUCUUAAAAAGUCGGUCUGAUCGCGGUUUUUGUUAGAAAAUUCUAAUAACCCCAAUGCAGGGCUCCCUUAUGGAUAGUUAAAGAGAAUGGGCUAUGACCUUCUACGUAAGCCUAAUGCAGAUUGAAGGGUAUUAAUAGCAGCUACACCCGGGAUUUACGGCUUAACAUGCAAAAAGCACGUAGGAGAUCGAGAUAAUAAAAUCGCUUAACAACAAUGAUCGCGAGCCACCAUCCACUACGCCACCGAGCUGCGUCGAUUACUUUAAAUUAGGUAAUAAUAAUAUUUAUUUCAGAUUUCUGCAUUUGUUUCUGGAGAUAAUCCUUUGUAACUAAAAAAAAUAGUAUUACUUUAUAUAUUAACUAGCUGUUUUGCCGCGACUUCACCAGUGUAAAUUAUAACCUUUGUCAUCGGCGUAAACGUCAUAGAUAAAAAAAAAGUUAUCUAAUAAUAUUGGAGCAUAUAUAAUCCAAACAUAUAAUCAAAUCUUUUCUUUUUAUAAUCUUAUUUAUAAUAUGUAUAAUACUAAAACGGCGCCAUCUUUAAGUAUACUUAUUUCUUCACAGAACAGUUUUGUAACCUAUUAUUGCUUCUUAGGUAGCUGAAUUCUUCAAUCGUACUAAACAAAUGGCCAAAGUUUACCUAACUAAUAACAUUCUAGUCACUAUGGGGGACGAUUUUAACUACCAAGACGCGGGAAUGUGGUUCAAGAACCUGGAUAAGUUGAUUAAAUAUGGAAACGAAAAAGCGAUAGAUGAGAAACUGAAUAUCAACAUAUUCUAUUCCACACCCGACUGUUAUCUGAAAGCAGUGAAAGAUGCCAAUCCAACAUUGCCGGUGAAACAGGACGAUUUCUUCCCUUACGCUAGUGACCCGCAUUCAUAUUGGACUGGUUACUUCACAUCUAGACCGACUAUCAAAUUCAUAGAGGCAGAAGCUAAUAGGUACAUGCAGAUCGUGAAACAGCUAUAUGUGUUAGCCGAUUUACCAGCAGAUGAUAUGCCAGUUUUGGAUAAAUUAAAAAGUGCUAUGGGAGUAUUACAACAUCAUGAUGCUAUCACUGGCACUGAAAAACAACACGUAACAUAUGAUUACAUAAGGCUCAUUUCGGAGGCGUUACACGACGCUCACGAAACUAUCACUACAAAAGUACUCAACGAAAUGAUUCACGGCAAAGCCGCAAAUGUGCAGUGGACGUUUGAAAGAUGUCAACUGAAUGAGUCCAGUUGUGUCACAUCGGAGAACCUCCAGGGGAAUAUGAUCGUGACUCUAUACAAUCCUUUGGCAUGGUCUGUGAGGACGCCGGUCAAUAUACCGGUUAGCAACUCUGAGGAAUACGAAAUGAAAGAUAGUAAUGGCAUAGUUUACCCUGUACAAACUUCACCUAUUCCGGAUGGCUUCAAAAGAAUAUCGACGAGGAAGUCAAAAGCUACACACCAAAUAACAUUCGUGGCUCCAGUCCCAGCGUUGGGAUAUAAGAGUUAUUACAUUCAAAAGUCUAGGCAAAGAAGGGACAAGCGUGAUGUAGAUUCUUUGGAUGGGGCGAUGAGAUAUAAUACCUUUGGUUAUGAUGAGGUGAUGAGUGAUGACCCUAUGGUGGUGCAACGGUAUGAUGAAGUCGCCGAUGAGGCAAUUCUGUCUACUAUCGACAAGAAAGAUGAAAGGAUAUCUGGUCAUACAUUGUCAUACAACCCCGCUUACUACCCAGCAUGUAUUGGUAACAAUAUGAUAUACGCAAACAGAUCAUCUGGUGCAUACAUUUUCCGUCCAAACGCUACAAAUGCUACACCACUGAAAACUCUCACUGACACACAAAUAACGGGUCAUAUUUUCGAAGAACACAGAUCUAUAAUGUCAGAUAACUUUGAAUUCUACAACCGUGUUUAUAAGGAUGCUAAUAAUCUAACAUAUAAUGAACUAUACUGGUUAAUAGGACCAAUUGUAGACACUGAUGGUGUAGGCAAAGAGUAUGUUAUGAAGUACACAGCUGAUUUGGUCACUAAUGGUGAAUUUAUGACUGAUUCAAACGGUAGAACUCUCUUGAAAAGGAAGCUGAAUGAGCGUCCUCAAUGGAAUUUGACUUUGGAGGAACCUGUGGCUGGCAAUUAUUAUCCUGUAGUUGGUGUUGCUAUAGUAGAAAACGCUGCUAAAGAUGGCUCUUUGAGAAUUGUUCCUGAUAGGCCAGAAGGUGGGGCUUCCUUACAAGAAGGGCAAAUAGAAAUUAUGUUGCACAGACGUCUGUUGCAUGAUGACGCUUUUGGAGUCGGCGAAGCGUUAAAUGAAACUGUUAACGGUGUUGGUUUAGUUGUCACCGGUUAUCAAAGGGUAUUCGGUGUAAAUAAUGAUAAAUUCUCGUUUAAAGAUGUCUUAGAAAUGAGGAGUAAACCUGAUGUGUUUGUGACUGACGCUGAAGAUAUCUCUUAUGAACAAUUUAAAUCUUUGAACACUGAAAAGAGUUGGUUAAAAGAUGGUUUAGAAGUCGGUGUGCAUUUACUAACUUUAGAGCCUUUGAGUGGUGAUAGAUUUUUGAUUAGAUUCGAGAAUUAUUUGGACAAAUCUAGUGAUUCCACUAAGAAUAUUGAUUUGGAUAAAGUAAUUAAAGGUUUUAAACUUAGAUCUGUUGACGAGACAGUAUUGAGUGGUGAUAAACUAUUGAAAGAUUAUAACAGAUGGGUUUGGAGGACGAAUAAGGAAUUUGCUAAGGAUUUCAAUGAGGAUUAUGGAAGUUUCGCUGAAACACCAAGAGCUGUGGAUAGAGUAAAGGAAGUAGAUGAUGGCAACAAAAUUAAAUUGGACGCUAAAGAAAUAAGGACAUUCAUUGUCCAAUAUGAAUUAGAAUAA